AUGGUGGUUGCUAUGGUGAUUGCUAAGGAGGUUGCUAAGGAGGUUGCUAAGAUGGUUACUAUGGUGGUUGCCAUGGUGGUUGCUAGGGUGGUGGCUAAAAUGGUUGCUAAGGGGGUUUAUAAGGUGGAGGCUAAGGUGGUUUCUUUGGUGGUAGCUAAGGUGGUGGCUAAAAUGGUUCCGAAGGUGGUUGCUAUGGUGGGUUCUAAGGUGGUUGCUAAGUUGGAUACUAAGGUGGUUGCUAAGAUGGUUGACAAGGUGGUUUCUAUGGUGGUUGCUACGGUGGUUGCUAAGAUGGUUGCUAAGGUGGUUGCUAUGGUGGAUACUAAGGUGGUUGCUAAGGUUUACGCUGAGGUGGUUGCUAAAGUGGUUGCUAAGGCAGUUACUAAGGUGAUUGCUAAGGUGGUUGCUAAGGUGGUUGCUAUGAUGGUUGCUAAGGCAAGUUGA